AUGAGAUCACUUCCUCAACCCCGCUACUCCAGGACAAGAACUAUCCAGAGAAUAUUUAGAUCCAUCAUCAACUUGUUCAGCACAGGUUACGUCUCUGACUCCUCAGCUUUUGCCCACCACACAGUGUUGGACAAAUCCUCCCGCAAGACCCGAAUACGGACCUCUCGUGUCACAGGUAAGCCCACUCCUAGAAACACUAUGGUCAACAAAUUGGGCACCAAAUUGGUGUCUGAGCUAAUUGAAGACGAAGGCUUGAUCUCCAAAGUUGUACAGAACGAGAUCGGUGGUCUUGCGGAGGGUGUCGGAGGUGCCUCUAUCGUAAACGAUAUCAAUCACCGCUCAAAAAAGAGCAUUUUUAGUUUCUGGAAAAGCGGCGAAAAACCUGAUUUGAGUUUGUAG